AUGAAGUGGUUUACGGCAGCAAGUAUUGCUUUAAUCGCGCCUGUUCACGCUGGGCUUCGAUUUCAGUGCUCGACUUUGAUAAUCGAACGUCUUGAUCCAGUUGUUCAGCCAGGCUCAAACCCAUCCUCUCAUGUUCAUCAUAUUGUCGGCGGAAAUGCUUUCAACGCUACUAUGGAGGGUGAUGUUGCCAGCAGGGCUACUUGUACCACUUGUGAGAUGGCAGAAGACUUUUCAAAUUACUGGACCGCUGUCUUGUAUUUCAAGCAUUCAAACGGCUCUUACCAUCGAGUGCCAGUUAUUCCUGUUAACCCUGGGAAUCUGGAUGGCUACUCUGGUACCCAGGGUGGACUCACUGUCUAUUACACGCAAUAUGAUCUAUCCAGGGAUAACAUAAAACAACAACCUGUCAAGACCUUCCCGCCGGGUUUCCGUAUGACAGUGGGUAGCCCCAGCGUAACCUCAAACCAACACGUCGGCCUGCGUUAUCAGUGUUUGCAAGCCAACGGGAACAGAGGCCCAGAGAUAACCGACUUCCCUAAACAAGCAUGUCCAGGCGGUAUCUUCGUUACUCAACACUUCCCUGCAUGCUGGGAUGGUAAGAACCUUGAUAGUCCAGACCAUCAAUCACAUGUGUACAACACUAUAUCUUUGGAUGGUUUCACAAAUGCCCCGGCAUGCCCAUCAUCUCACCCCGUUCGGGUGCCACAGGUGGCUUUUGAGACUGUUUGGGACACGAGCAAGUUCAACAGCAUGUGGACCUCGGGGGCUCCCAACCCAUAUGUAUGGAGUUUCGAGGGUACAGGAGCCGGCACACACGCCGACUAUAUGUUUGGCUGGAAAGGUGAUGCUCUGCAGCGUGCCAUGAACAAGUCUGAGUGCUUUUACGAUGGUUGUGGCUCCAUCACAAAACAGGCCAUGCAAACAGCCAGUCAAUGCACUGUCAAAGAUGCGAUUGGUGAGGACACACUAGGGUGGCUCGCCAAACUACCAGGGAUGUGA